AUGAAGCUGUCAGUAAUCCUCGCCACGUUGGCGCUUGCCGUCUCUUCGGCGCAAGCGUGUGCCAAGUACAAGAACUGCUGGUGCGUGAGGAACAACGUCGAGUACCAGGGCAGGAUCCAAGACAUCGCCUCGGACGAGGACACGGUGAAGGCCUGUGCCGGCACCGGGGAUCCUGGCUACUACGGCCAGAACUUCCAGGAGUGCCACCGGUACAAGCACGGUUGGUGGCCCUUUACCAACUUCAAGGCCAUCAACAACUGCGAAUGGACAGAUAAAUGCGUUGCUGCCGGCGCUACCAUCGGAUACUGCCGUGAUAAGAUUUGA